AUGGCAGACACCGCCAAAUGGGCCGAGUUCCAGUUCACUUCUGCCGCCGCUGCCACCAUCGCCUCCAGACCGGUCGGUUGCGAGCCCGGCCAACAGAACGAGCGGUUCGCAGACCCACCUUGUCUAGAGGCCCGACCCAUCUCGCCUCAGGACGGCCCGUCUCGAGAGACUCUGAAAGUCGCGAUGGCGUCAACCAAGCCGAGCGACCCGGAUCGCUGCAAUGGCAUGCAUCCGGUAGCUCGGUUGAAGAGUAUGCGAAAAUGUGCAACCGCCACCGCUGCCGCCGCCGGCACCAAAGCCGACGUCAGCACCAUUUCGGCGUCAACGUCAACGCCGAGGGUCAGUAGCGCUAACGAAAGGCCAGAGGGAGUCGGAGCUGCGAUGAUGACGGCGAAGCCGACCGGCGAAACAGGCCUCAGACCCGUGGACUGCGGAUCGGCACGCAUGCCACAGAGUUGCUCCAGCCUGAACGCCACGGCGAUGGGAAGCGCGAGUACGACGGGCGUGUAUCUGCAGAGUUUUGCACAGGAACGACACAAAAUCUCGCUCACUCGAGAACGACGCGCCGCACGCACCCUCGCCAUCAUCAUGGGCACCUUCAUCCUCUGCUGGCUGCCCUUUUUCCUGAUGUACGUCAUCCUGCCCCUCUGCGGCCGGCCCUGCCGUGAGCGGAUGGACAAUCGAGCCGAGUCCUUCAUCGUCUGGUUGGGUUACCUUAACAGUGCCAUUAAUCCCAUCCUCUACACCACCUUUAACGUGGACUUCAGGCAUGCAUUCCAGAAACUUUUGCCAUUCAACCGGUGCUCGUUGUGCUGUCAGCGCCCAGGCUAG